GAGAAGCGGAGGGGAGAUUUCUGCUCUUUUACAGGUUUUAAAAAGCAACAAAACGGUUUUAUUGAAUAUUUAAAACUAUAAAUAUUAAAUCGAGAUGGUUAUUGGAUGAUUUUGUUUGUAUCGCGUGGUUAAACAGAAUGAUAAUGAUGUCUUUUGUUGUGGAGAGUACAGAUGAGAGAGCUGAAAGCUGUUUGAGACGGAGACUUCAUCAUUACUGAAGUAAAAUUGACUUCCUUCACCAACGUGUCAUAAAGAUUAUUAUUAGUUAAACAGUAUCAGGAUUGUACGGCCUCUGCCAUGGAGGCGAUCGCCAAAUACGACUUCAACGCCACUGCUGAGGAUGAACUAAGUUUCAAGCGUGGGGAGAUACUGAAGGUGUUAAAUGAAGAAUGUGAUCAGAACUGGUACAAAGCCGAGCUGUAUGGCAAGGAAGGCUUCAUCCCCAAAAACUACAUUGAGAUGAAACCACACCCGUGGUUCUAUGGGAAGAUCCCGAGGGUGAAGGCAGAAGAGAUGCUGAACAAACAAAGACAUGAUGGAGCAUUUCUCAUUCGAGAGAGCGAGAGCUCACCAGGAGAUUUCUCCCUCUCUGUCAAGUUUGGGGCCGAUGUGCAGCACUUUAAGGUUUUACGUGACGGGGCGGGGAAGUACUUCUUGUGGGUGGUGAAGUUUAACUCCCUAAACUCUCUGGUGGAUUAUCAUCGAUCUACAUCUGUCUCUAGAAACCAGCCCAUCUUUCUGAGGGACAUCGAACAGGUACCACAGCACUCGUCAUAUGUACAGGCUCUGUUUGAUUUCGACCCUCAGGAGGACGGCGAGCUUGGUUUCAGGCGUGGUGAUUUCGUGCAGGUUCUGGAUAACUCAGACCCGAACUGGUGGAAAGGGGCGUGUCACGGCCAGACCGGAAUGUUCCCUCGUAACUACGUCACGCCCGUUUCACACAACAUGUGAACACAUGCAUACAUUAAUAACCAAACACUCCAACCAUCAGAUGGGUGAUGGUUCCUGCUGGGUUGCCAUGAAAACAGAAGGAGGGAAAACCUGAAUGGGAUUGAUGCGUUGAGUUGUGGUCGGGGGACUGUACUUGAUGCUGAUUGGCUGGAAAGUGCUGCUUUCUGCUGAACUGUAUUAGUAUUAUGGCUGAGAAAAAAAACGGAAUGGACAUGAUGUGAGCAGUAUUGAGACUUUCAGCUUAAACUCGGCGGGAUUCAUUCCACCUCGUUAUUAUUGUCUUUUAAUAUUUUAUAGUUUGUAGUGUUUGUGUGUGUUAUUCUUAUUAUUGCUGCUUUCAAAAGAUGUUUUUUCAGUAUUCACAUAAAUUAUUGUGAAUUUACUUCUUAGAUAACACAUGAGAUUCUGCAUUAGUGUACGUAAUAUGACCGAUAUGAAGCUUUGUGAAUACCUGUCACCUAAACAUAACAUCAUAACACAAAGUUAUUAUUUAUGGCAUUAGCAUCAUUUUGUGAACAUCUUAGGUGUGACUUUGCAGAGAUUUUUUUUACCUCAGGUACUUCAACAGAACACCAAAUAAUAGGACUGAUGUUAGUAGAUUUUGAGGCACAAUAGCAUUUAAUUAUUUUUGCUCUGUCCAAUAUUUAAACAGGGCUUGACGGGGUGAUAUAAAGGGAAAAAACAAAACACUUGUGCUUUUAAAGGUGUUUUGAGAUUCCCCUCCCUCCUAAACCAGUGCCUGUUGAUGUCAUGGGACCAGUGGUGUCAUUCCAGUUCAUAUUACUGUAUAAAAUUGUGACUGCGCUUCACUAAACCACACUCACUAUUCUGACCGCCAUCUCUUUCUAUAAGUGCAUUAUGAAUCAUAUGAGUGUGAUUCAGAAUCAGAUGUCUGAUGUGCUAUCUUAAUCAUUCAGGUUUGAGAAGUUGUAUGAUGUGAGAUGAUGUCAUGAUGUUACUGCAUUUACUGUGGAUUGCUGACCAUGUGACAAAAAAUAAAAAUAGAGGUUCAUAAA